AUGGGUCCUCUGCUGACACAAAAAAUAGCUCCCGCGCCGGCGGCACCUUCAAGACCAAGCCAUAGACCUACUACAUCAGCACCUCCAGCACCUCCAGCGCCCAGUCCUCCCGUUCCUUCUGCGCCCCCACCCUUACCAAACCAGGCUCCUCCUCUCCCCAAUAUGGCACCGCCUUUGCCGUCUUCAAGCUCCAACUCGCUCAAACCACCACCCAAAAUGCCUCCGUCGCGGCCUAAGAAAUCCAGCCAUUUGAAGAACAGCAGUAUAGGCUCUAUGAGCUCGUUCGAAAACAGAGCUCCGUCGCCGGUUCCAACGUCGCCAGCACCGCCUGUUCCUUCGGCACCUCCUCCAUUGCCAGGAGCACCACCUCCCGUACUUGGUGGGGGCAGUAAAUCGUCCGCAGCCCCAUCAGUGCCUUCAUUUCCUUCUGCUCCCCCACCUGCUCCAAAAGCAACACCUGCUUUAAAAGCACCAGCACCAGCAGCUCCACCUGCUCCUCCUCCACCCCCAGCACCUCCAGCACCAGGAAUGUCUCUGGCUCCACCAGCACCCCCACCACCUCCAAUGGCUCCCAGUGGGGCAAAGGCUCCAGCUCCGUCAGGCCUCGGAGCGCUCCCAUUUUUGGCGGAAAUCAAUUCCAAGAGAGACGAAACUCAUGUCGUUGAUUCUGUAGCCCCAUCGAGCUCUGCGCCAAAACCACGCAUAUCACUUCCAUCCAGAGAUCCACCACCUCCUCAGAAACUAUCUACUCCAAAAACCACCGUUCCUCCCGCUCCACCACCACCACCCCCAUUCCAACCAGCGCUCCACUGA